AUGGCCUGCAACCGGACCUACUACGGCUUCGAAGGUCGGACCUACGGCCUGGAGCUGCGGCCGCCGCGGCGGCAGCGGCUGCCGCACGUCUGUCAGCUGACGUUCAUCGCUGACGGCGGAGAGCACGGCGACCUGCUCGAGCUCGUUUUCGACACGUUCAGUCUGGGCCGCUUCACCAGCCACGUGCACAACGGCUGUCCGGACGGCCACAUGCAAAUCGCCGAGGUCGGUCGGAUCCACAACGACGGCUUCUGGUGCGGCUCCGGUUGGGGAUACAACGUGUACUACAGCGAGACCAGCACCGUCACCGUCACAUUCCGGCUGUACCGGCUCAGUGGCGGCGGCAGCUUCAGCGGCGAUGAGGUCAGCCAAUUCUACGUCAAGCUGCGCUACAAGUUCAUCAGCGCUCAGCGGGCGGUGAUGCGCAGCGGGCCGAAACAGGCCAAGUUCCGCGGCAUCCCCGUGUACAACAGCUUCUGUGACUUCAUGUUCGACAACUGCGACCGCGUCCGCUGCCGAAUCCAGAGCCCGAACUUCCCGGGGCUGUACCCGCGUAACGUGACGUGUUCUUACCACAUCAAGCACAGCGAGCCGCCCGGCGGCACGCGCGCACUCCUCGUGCUCUCGCAGCGGUACGGCGAGCUCAUCAACGUCAAAGACACGGACUCGGCCGGCGGCGCCGUGCGCCAGCUCCAUACCUGGGCGAAGUGCGACCUGGUGCGGGACUUCGUCACUGUGUACGACGGUAUGACCAAGUCGGCGCCGAAGCUGCUCAAGUUCUGCGGCGGCGGCGCGCUGCCGCCGCUCGUGUCCAGCGGGCCCAACAUGAUCGUCGAGUUCCGGACGUCCGCCUUCGACCGGCUCAGCCAGCCGGCGCUGUCGCGGGACAAGCUAAAGCACCCCACCUCCUACAUCCCCGGUUUCGAGCUGGACGUGAGCGUGCGCUUUGUCAACAUCAGCGAGCGCACGCGCUUCGUGGACCGCAGCGGCUGCCGCUACGUCUUCACCAGCACCAUCAGUCCAGUGGGCCUCAUCGGCAGUCCGGCCCACAGCCUGCCGUCCAACACUAGCUGUACGUAUACGCUGCUGGGGCGCAGCCACGAGCGGCUCUGGCUGUACUUCCUGCAGUACCACGUCACCUACCACGCCAGCCACCAGGAGGGCUACGGUCACGACGCCAAGUCGCGUCACUGUCACCACCGCCUCGACAUCAUUGACGGCGCCCCCGGCGGCGGCCGUAACCGCUCGCUCGGCUUCUUCUGCGGCGACACCAAGCCGCUGCUGUGCACGCGCGCCCUGCGAGCGGCCGGCGGCGCGGCCGUGCCGCCGUGCGCGCUGCACGAGAGCUACCUCUCGUCGUCCGAGAACGUCACGCUGACGCAGCGUCACGUCACCGGGCUUGGCCUCGACACGGCCAGCUUUCAACUCCGCUACGAGUUCGUCGACAUGCGCGAGGACGGCCAGCAGCUAGGGGACGAGCCGUGCCACCGCGUGUUCGCAAGCCGCGGUCGCCUCAGCAAGGGGUCGUUCGGGCCCGCCAAGAACGUGUUCCUGUACGGUCGCGGCGGGCGCACGCACCUGCGCUGCCUCUUCCGCUUCGAGGGCACGGCCGGCGAACGCGUGCGCAUCCUCGUCAACAAGUUCACGGCGGCCGACGAGAGCGGCUGCGAGACGGUGCGCGACGAGCGGCUGCAGCGCUACCGGUGUCGCUACCACGGCGGCGCGCGCUCCGAGCUGCGGCUGGCCGAGGUGCCCUGGCCGGGCGUGCGGGUGUGGCGCGACUGCGUGUGCGCCGACCGCACCACCGGUACGCCCAUCGUCGUCGAGUCAACGGCCAGCGUGCUGGAGCUGCGCUACGACGUGUUCAACAUGACGGCCGCCGAGGACUUCUACUCGUACUCGUUCAUUGCCAAGUACGAGUUCCUGCGCAAGACGGCCUGCAAGACUGAGACGCGCAUCAACGGCAGCAGCGGCGCGAUGAACCUGGAGCGGCGCGAGGAGUCGGAGGGCCGCUGCGACGCGCUGCCCUGGAUGCUGGAGGCCUCACCGUCAGCCUACCUGUACCUGUCGGUGCCCGGCCGUCGGGAGGCGCCCGGCGUCUGCCAGGCGGCCACACGUCUCGUCGUGUCGGCGCCCGACCUUCCAGAGCCGCUGGCGGUCAUAUGCCCCGCCUGCAACCGGACCUACUACGGCUUCGAAGGUCGGACCUACGGCCUGGAGCUGCGGCCGCCGCGGCGGCAGCGGCUGCCGCACGUCUGUCAGCUGACGUUCAUCGCUGACGGCGGAGAGCACGGCGACCUGCUCGAGCUCGUUUUCGACACGUUCAGUCUGGGCCGCUUCACCAGCCACGUGCACAACGGCUGUCCGGACGGCCACAUGCAAAUCGCCGAGGUCGGUCGGAUCCACAACGACGGCUUCUGGUGCGGCUCCGGUUGGGGAUACAACGUGUACUACAGCGAGACCAGCACCGUCACCGUCACAUUCCGGCUGUACCGGCUCAGUGGCGGCGGCAGCUUCAGCGGCGAUGAGGUCAGCCAAUUCUACGUCAAGCUGCGCUACAAGUUCAUCAGCGCUCAGCGGGCGGUGAUGCGCAGCGGGCCGAAACAGGCCAAGUUCCGCGGCAUCCCCGUGUACAACAGCUUCUGUGACUUCAUGUUCGACAACUGCGACCGCGUCCGCUGCCGAAUCCAGAGCCCGAACUUCCCGGGGCUGUACCCGCGUAACGUGACGUGUUCUUACCACAUCAAGCACAGCGAGCCGCCCGGCGGCACGCGCGCACUCCUCGUGCUCUCGCAGCGGUACGGCGAGCUCAUCAACGUCAAAGACACGGACUCGGCCGGCGGCGCCGUGCGCCAGCUCCAUACCUGGGCGAAGUGCGACCUGGUGCGGGACUUCGUCACUGUGUACGACGGUAUGACCAAGUCGGCGCCGAAGCUGCUCAAGUUCUGCGGCGGCGGCGCGCUGCCGCCGCUCGUGUCCAGCGGGCCCAACAUGAUCGUCGAGUUCCGGACGUCCGCCUUCGACCGGCUCAGCCAGCCGGCGCUGUCGCGGGACAAGCUAAAGCACCCCACCUCCUACAUCCCCGGUUUCGAGCUGGACGUGAGCGUGCGCUUUGUCAACAUCAGCGAGCGCACGCGCUUCGUGGACCGCAGCGGCUGCCGCUACGUCUUCACCAGCACCAUCAGUCCAGUGGGCCUCAUCGGCAGUCCGGCCCACAGCCUGCCGUCCAACACUAGCUGUACGUAUACGCUGCUGGGGCGCAGCCACGAGCGGCUCUGGCUGUACUUCCUGCAGUACCACGUCACCUACCACGCCAGCCACCAGGAGGGCUACGGUCACGACGCCAAGUCGCGUCACUGUCACCACCGCCUCGACAUCAUUGACGGCGCCCCCGGCGGCGGCCGUAACCGCUCGCUCGGCUUCUUCUGCGGCGACACCAAGCCGCUGCUGUGCACGCGCGCCCUGCGAGCGGCCGGCGGCGCGGCCGUGCCGCCGUGCGCGCUGCACGAGAGCUACCUCUCGUCGUCCGAGAACGUCACGCUGACGCAGCGUCACGUCACCGGGCUUGGCCUCGACACGGCCAGCUUUCAACUCCGCUACGAGUUCGUCGACAUGCGCGAGGACGGCCAGCAGCUAGGGGACGAGCCCAAGGGGUCGUUCGGGCCCGCCAAGAACGUGUUCCUGUACGGUCGCGGCGGGCGCACGCACCUGCGCUGCCUCUUCCGCUUCGAGGGCACGGCCGGCGAACGCGUGCGCAUCCUCGUCAACAAGUUCACGGCGGCCGACGAGAGCGGCUGCGAGACGGUGCGCGACGAGCGGCUGCAGCGCUACCGGUGUCGCUACCACGGCGGCGCGCGCUCCGAGCUGCGGCUGGCCGAGGUGCCCUGGCCGGGCGUGCGGGUGUGGCGCGACUGCGUGUGCGCCGACCGCACCACCGGUACGCCCAUCGUCGUCGAGUCAACGGCCAGCGUGCUGGAGCUGCGCUACGACGUGUUCAACAUGACGGCCGCCGAGGACUUCUACUCGUACUCGUUCAUUGCCAAGUACGAGUUCCUGCGCAAGACGGCCUGCAAGACUGAGACGCGCAUCAACGGCAGCAGCGGCGCGAUGAACCUGGAGCGGCGCGAGGAGUCGGAGGGCCGCUGCGACGCGCUGCCCUGGAUGCUGGAGGCCUCACCGUCAGCCUACCUGUACCUGUCGGUGCCCGGCCGUCGGGAGGCGCCCGGCGUCUGCCAGGCGGCCACACGUCUCGUCGUGUCGGCGCCCGACCUUCCCGAGCCGCUGGCGGUCAUAUGCCCCGGUGGCGGCGACAUGGUGGAGGUGUUCAGCGCCGGCUGGCGAAGAGGGGAGCGGGCAGAACCGCUGGGACAGCACCAACGCCAUCUGGUGCUGGAUGUGGUGUCGGCCGUGCCUGGCCAACCGGUGAAGGUCAGCUGGCUGGAGCUGGUGCGGCCUGAGGUGCAGAGGUCAUCACAGGUGGCCGUGGUGGAUGCCGGUCACUGGACCGAGGCAUGGUCGGCAGAGCCAUGCCGACACAUGUGUCCAGAACUGGCCGGAGGUUGCAUCGCGCCUCACCUUUGGUGCGACAGCGUCCACCACUGUCCCUCUGGACGCGACGAGGACCCAGCGAUCUGCCACCGCUGGUCGAUCCCGUGGCUGUACGUGGGGGUGGGCGCGUCUGCCCUGUUCAUCAUCGUCAUCCUCUGCGUCGCCGCCAUCGUGCACCGCAAGCAGAAGAGGCCGCCGGCGACGGGCGCCGCUGUGGGGGCGAUUGCUCACGAUCCUCACGAGAAGCGGCUGCCCACAGACGAGACGCUCGCCAGUGGGAACCUGUACAGCGGCAGCUCGUCACUGAAAAACGGCAAAGACUUGAUAUCCGCCCCGUCCACCUACUCCAUGGACUCGGUGGACGUGGACCUGGUGGAGACCACGGUGUAGCAGUGGCCGGCCGCGAGCGUGCGACUACCCGCGGGACUGUCACGCGGCAGCCGUCACGCCGCGUGAGCGACUCGCGGCGUGACUGUGACUCACGCGUGACCCGGCAGAGGCGUGGCGCCCGGCCGGCGCGUGCUGUGACGCCUGGUAACUGGCGUCGCGCCAGUGACGGACUCGUGGUGGGACCGUGGGCGUGGAGUGACGUUACUCGGCGCCGACCUGCUGUGAGACAAUCACCUCCGACGAAUAUGGGAUGAUCAAACUGCUCACCGGCCGGCCAAGCUCACUGACAGAGGGACCAGCAACCGAUGUUUUUACGCCUCAGGUCGGUCUGAAACUGCCGCGCUGAACCGGCCGCUGCCCGGGCCGGCACCACGGCCCCGCCUUCUGGACGGGCCUGCGUACGCGCCGCCCUGCGGCGCGUGCCGUCUCGCCGCUGCGGUUCUCAGCGCUGCCACCUCGUAGCAGCGAGGUGGCGCGUGCGCAGCCAGUCGCCUGCAGAUCUCCGUGCUCAGCAGCAGGCGUCACCAGCGCGGGCCUUCAGCCAGGCCGGCUGGGGUCAGCAGCAGGCGUCUGGCGGCAGCUGGAAUCAGCAGCAGGCGUCUGGCGGCAGCGGCAGGCAGCUGGUGUCAGCUGAUAUCUCCUGGAUUCAAAAAGCGGCCGCUAGAAUGAGCAGCCGCCGGCUUGGCGUCCGUUGUUGCCAAGUUCUCUGAAGUCUUUAUACCCAGUGUAACACGUGAUAUGCGCUGGUGUUCCUCUCCUUGUGUGCUCGUUACCCCGUGGGCGACAACAGUGUGCGCCCGGGUCAAAUGCCGGAGGCUGGGCGCGGUGCCGUGCUCGAAAUGUGCUCCUUGGCCUGUGAUCUGUGUUUUCGCGACCUGGUGCUUGGUCGGCUCGGCCAGGCGACACCGGGCUCCGGCUGCUGAAGCUUCCACAAAAAGCGCGAGGAACGCGGAUGCAGCUGAAGCAAGGUGCUAAUGGAAGCUGGAACAAACGAUGUCAGGUGUUUUAACGCAGGCGCAGGCUUGGAUGAAAAAACCAGGGCGCAUACAGCCAACUAAAGCAGAACACAAGGCAUAUGCAACAAAAUAGGAGGGACUAUAGAUAAGACAGUAGUGCUAGCCCUAUUCCUAUAGAAAAAAAAAACAGGAGAAAGGAGAGAUGGAUCUAUUGACAUUCCCGCUGCAUGAUUGUAUCGAAACGAAUAUGAGCAGUUAAGUUCAACAUCCUGCAGAUUGCCUCGGUACAUACCUGCCAAUUCCACUCAAUUUUUCAGGUUUUGAUGUCAAACGGCCGGCCUGUGUUUACGAGUCCGAAUUCGAGGUUGUAAGAACUGUGGCUCGCUGUUAAAGAAAAAGCCGAAAAAUUAAGAGGAAUCAGCAAUUUCGGCAGGCAAUUACAGCGUUGAAUUUACUACUGAUGUUCGUUCUGAUAGUGGCAUCUAGCCGAAAUAUCAAUUCAUCUAUCUCUUCUUUCUUCUUUUUAUUCUACGAGGAUUGAGGCCAACAGUACUGUCUUGUCUAUAUACAUAAUGUUCCUUGCAAAUGCACUUGCACGUACACAACUGCACAAACGAGGAACUAGACGCACAUUUCAUUCGUUCCCUUACUUGGUGUGUCUGCCAAAAACAUGAGUAGCAUUCAAGCGGUGUUGCUUAGAAAAGUAUUAUGGCAGGAAUCCCGGUUCACCGCUCUGUGGAUAGAUGAAGGAACGUCUCAGAGAGCAGAGGUGCCAAAUUGUUUUGAAGUAAACUUUUUCCAUGCAUCGCCACCGGGUUAAUGCUCAGCAUUCUCAGAAAUUGGGAGUGCCAUAACACCUGCAUGAUCGCUCGCCUCUAUUCACAUGUUUCUGAGCUUACAGCAUAUAUUUUCAUUAUCGUCCACAUAAGUUUUGUUAAUGCAUUCGAAACGCUGUAAACUGUAAACACACACAGAUUAUAAUAAAACGAAUUACCAGAUAUGGCAAACAACAGCUUUACAAGGCUUGAAGAAUGUUUGUUCAUGUGCCAGGAGAUAUUAUUCUGUCCGCUUCCGCUAAAGCUACGAUUUGAUGUGAUUAUUUCGCACAGCUUUUUUUAAAGCUGCCUAGACGGCGUGAUUUCGGUAACAAAAGAAGCAUUCUUUCCACUGGAAACAAGCCGAACUGUGAAAUUACCCGUCCGUUUGUUCGGUGUCUGGUAAACAUUAAGCGAUUUCGCCAACUGCAACUCUUGGUCUAUCCAGCAUGUCGUCGUGAGCAGUUGCUAACUAUCUAUCACUUGGCGCGAACAUGACAGAGCCUGCAGCUUUUAACAAGUUCGGUUGUCUAACAGGCGGGCUUUUGAUUUCACGCCUUCAACAAACUUUAUCAUCUGCCAAAAUACGAGGCCGCCGAAGCGAUUCCAAUCGAGCCUGAUGUUCGCGCAGAAGUUGCGCCAUUUUUUCCGGCGAAGACGGUCACGGCUAUUCUUACACUAAGAAAGAAGGCUUCCUCGGAAACCAGCGUGGCGCCGCCUUAAUCUCAGACCAUUUAUCCGCUCGUGGCUCACACCUUCUGGGCCGGCAGUCGAAGCAGGCAAUUAAGCCCGUCGUGUGGCCGGCGAGCCAUUGCUCGUUCGACCGCCCAGUCCCGGACACUUAUCGCGCCAUUGUGCCGAAAAUGGCGCCAACACGCCAUGUUAGCACCAGCUGUCCAUCGUUACGCCUGCCUGCCUACCGUCUGGCCUGACGCCGGCGAAUGGCGAGUCCGGUGCGGGGUCCCGGCGCGGAGUCACGUCUGUGGGACGGUCGUGAGGACUGCCGGAGCGGGAGGAGGGGUGCUGAGCGCCUGCCAGUGGCCACAUGGCCCGCCGGGCUGCCGUUGCUGAGCUCUGCUCACCUUGUGGGCGCACAAAGCGUGUAUGGUAAAGCCGGAGGCAAUCUGAUGUUGAUUCAUGCUCCACUCGCUUGCUUUGGAAAGCCAGCCUCGAGCUUCUUCCAGUGCGCCUCUCAUGCGUUCGAAGCGAAACGCUUGAGGCGCCGGUGAUAUCCUUACUUACCUUCCGCUUAUUUUCGGAUUGUAGGGUGCAGAUGUGGCAGCAAUUGAAACAGGCCAUAACGCCAUAUAGAAUAUUUCACGCAUGGGAUCUAGAAAUCCACUAAAACUUGACCGGUAGUUUUUAGCACCCAGCUAUAAAUGUGAUGCAUUUGGCAUGAUGAAAUGAUUCCCAUUUAUCAUACAGAAACCCAAAUAUUCCUUCAUUUGAUAAAUGUAGAUUGUUGUGUAAGAUGGAGCCACACUUACAGGGAACUUUCCAACUUUUGUAAGGGGUUUAAAUCACAUUCUUUUUUUUCUUCAAGAUAGCGCCUAUGGGCACUAUCUAGAAAACAACGACCUAAACCCUAAUGUACCCAAUGAUUUCGAAAAGUUUCAACUCUGUCCGGCUUAGUAUAACUGGUUUGCCUUAGGCAACGCUUUGCACUAGCACUUGAAGCGUUGUUCUGCACGCAAUGGGCAAUGGUGCGGCUUUUUCCUAUAUUGUUGAUUCCUCCUGCGUCUGCGCGACAUCCUGACCAGCGGCCAGCGAGUGCGCUGCAUCGCAUGUAAAUAAUGUCGGCAUUCAUAGGUCCAGUGAUGAAGGCAAACUAACCAAGUCCGAGAUUUUGAAGACCGGCGCGCACUGAUGCACCCGAGGGGCUGAAUUCGCACUGAUGCACCCGAGGGGCUGAAUUCACACUGAUGCACUCGGGGGGCUGAAUUCGCACUGAUGCACCCGAGGGGCUGAAUUCGCACUGAUGCACCCGAGGGGCUGAAUUCGCCAC